AUGGCAUAUGAUCUAGAACCACUUCCUAGAACAGAAACUCCAUCUGAUUAUACUAGAUUUCAAUUUGAUCCUUCUAAAGUUGGUGAUAAGAGGAUAGUAGGUUUAUUAGCAUGUCAACGUGAUCCAUUAUUACGUUCGUUGAAAACUAAAAUCCAUUCGAUCAACGAAGCUAGUGUGAAAGUCGCUCCACCACCAAAAGGUAAAGGAAACAAGAAAAAGGACGCAACAUCGUCAAAGACACCUGAGAGCGGUUCGAGUACAAAGAAAGAUGAAGGGGAAUUAUUCGAGAUUGAAUUAUUGGAUACUGUGAUAUUCCCAGAGGGCGGAGGUCAACCUUCUGAUACGGGACUUUUGCACGUCCUCGAUCCAAACGGCGAAACGCAGCAUUCACUCGUAAUCGAAAGUUGUCUAAGAAGAAAACUUGAUAGUGUACACUUAGUGAGAGUACCAGUAUCAUCAGAGAAAGAUGUACAAUGGAAACAAGGUGAUCAAGUUGAAGUAGUAGUGGAUUGGGAUAGAAGAAUCGAUCAUAUGUCAAUACAUACAUCACAACAUCUUCUAUCGGCUAUACUUGAUACAAUGAAUUUACCUACAUUAAGUUGGUCAAUGCAUCCUUACCCAUCACUUGAGACUCCCUACGUGGAAUUACCAAGAUCAUUAACCCCUAAAGAAGCUGAAGAAGUUGAAAAAAGGUGUAACGAUCUCAUUUCUGAAGGAAAGAAAGUUUGGGUGGACGUUUCGGUACAAGGUGAAGAACCUCAUGAUUCGUCUGGAGAUGGGAAUGUCGAAGAAAGGUUGAAAGUUGGAAAAGGUAUUCCGGAAGAUUAUGAUGGAGGAGUAAUACGACAUAUCAACAUUGAUCAAACUGAUAGAAACGCAUGUUGCGGUACACAAGUACCUUCAUUAUCAUUAAUAUCAUUAAUGCACAUCAUACCACCUACAUCGACAGCAAAUUCGUCUUCUUCUUCUACGCCUACAAAAUUAUUCUUCACUUCAGGUCCAAGGGCAAUAAAGUAUCUACAACAAACUUCAAGAUCAUUCAGUAAUAUAGCUAAAAUAAUAGGUGCAGGUAGAAUUGACGUUGCGGAUAAAAUAGAAAUUUUAGAAAAGAAUCGUAAAGAAUCAAUGGAAUCUUUAAAAUCAUUAAAGAAUGAAUUAAUCAAAAAUAUACUGGAAAAACUUUCAUUCGAACAUCGUGGUAAACAUCAAAGGGAUAAUAACAGAGGUAUAAUCUGGUUAAAUAGAGAAGUAAAUGAAAAAUCAACACACGAUUUCGAUUUUUUAACUACCAUUUCAACUAAUUUCAUUACCACCAAUUAUCCUGAUUCAUCAAUAUCAUCAUCAUCAUCAUCAUCAUCAUCACCUUUGAUCAUGUUAACAUCGACUCUGUUACCCAGCACAGGUACAGGCUCAAACAAAGAUAGUCUUACUGCGCCCACGCAGCAAACGUUGUUAUUGAUACAAUCGACAGAUCAAGAAUUAGCUAAACGUGCUAACGAAAAUGUGAAAACAAGACUGCAAGGAAGGGUCAAAGGCGGUGGUGCGAAAGGUAGAUAUAUGAGUAAAAUCGAUGGUAAGUUCGGUAAAAGUGAAUUGGGAUUAUUCGAAGGAAUAAUUGAGGAAUUGAGAGUUGAAAGAAGACAAGAAGAUAAUCAAAUUCAAGGAGAAGGAGGAGGAGGAGGAGGAGGAGGAGGAGGAGGAGGAGGUGAGGAUUUCGCUGUUAUCUUGAUGUGA